GAGUCGGACCACGAGGCUCGCCUGCAGGAGGCCCUGGCGCGGAUCGUCGUCUGCGCCGUCAAGACCCAGCCUCACCCCGACAACCUGGCCCGCUGGCUCAACCCCUCCGAGAUCAACCCCGCUCGCUGGCUCAACCCCUCCGAGGAUGACGACGUCAGCUACGAGACGAACCUCCGCUACCUCAACGCGGCUCUCCGAGCUCUGCCCGGCUCCUCGCGGUCGGAAGCCUUCCACCAGCACCAGGGCGGCUCCCGCCCAGCGAAGAAGCGCAAGGCCGACGAGUCGGCGCUCGGCAGCUGCUGCAGCUGCAGCUGCCACGGCGAUCGCCGCAGCCAGACUACGGGGGGCGAAUCUCCGUCGGAAGAUCACGAGGGGGGCGGCGCUCCCAGCAUGCCGUGCGGCGCUUUCCUCGUCCCGUCGGAUCCCGGUUCCGACUCCCCGACCUCCGACGAGGAGGAACCCGCGGCGCGCGAGAGCCAGGGGGUCGUUGCCGAGGGUGCCGGCGAGGACGUUGCCGUGGAUACGGACACGCUGUUGGAGUGCGUCGCUCACCCGGACGUGGUGAGGGAGAUCGCGAGGCUGCUGAGGCAGCGGCUCAACGUGUAGGCGGCUCGCUUGUGAGUUUAAAUUGCGAGGAAAAGAGAACGGAGCACGAGGCGUGCGGGGAGCAACGCACACACGGCGGGGGUUGUCAACUUAAUCCGGGUGUCGCAUCUGAGCGGUCGUCCGUGUGACUCGAUCGCCCGCCCGCACGCGACUGCUUUGUCCGCGUCUCGGCGGGCAGUUGUGUGGCUAAAGCGCGACUCGCACCCUCUCUACGGCAGCUGAGCCAG